GCAUGCGCGGUUUGCCUCGCAGUGGGAGGAGAAUGAGGUGUCACUAGGUAGGCCGAAAAACAUGGCGUCUCGGGGACGCUCUGAGAAGCAACUCUUCGGGGCGUAAGAAGGCCCGGCCUCGUGCGUCGACCUCGGAUCGUCAUCAUGGCCCGGCAUAGGAACGUGCGUGGCUAUAACUACGACGAAGAUUUUGAAGAAGAUGAUCUCUAUGGACAGUCUGUAGAGGAUGAUUAUUGCAUUUCACCCUCAACAGCUGCUCAGUUUAUAUAUUCGAGACGGGAUAAUCCAGGAGGAUAUGCUGAGACGUUAGAAGAAGAAGAAUAUGGCUAUGAAGAUACAGAACAUAGCAAUUGUAUUUCUAAUCGCCCAUUAACUGGAGUUGAAAAAGCUCAGCUUGAGUCAUGCCUUGACCAUAUGAGAGAAGUGCUUGGAGAGUCUGUGGCAGAGAAGGUGAUGGUGGAUGCAGUGCUACAGAGUAAAUUUGAUGUACAGCAAGCUUUGGAUUUUGUGCUUUCACAAGACAAACAGAAUAUGAAGACAAAAAAUGAGGAUACUGUGCUUACAGGAAAAGCAACAAAAGGAAAAGCCCGAGAAUCCCAGGCAACAAGGAUUGAAUCAGACAUUGUGCCAAAAGUAACCAAAAUGACUGUAUCGGGAAGAAAACAAACUACUGGUUUUGAAGUUCCAGGCAUGACUGUUGAAGAGAAUGGUCAUAACAUUUUUCCGCCCCAAAAGGGAUUCUCAUCUGGAGAUGCCAAUGCCAAUUUGGGAGCAGCUGAGAUUCUAUCUAAACCAGUUCUUCCACCCCAGACCAUUCAGCCAUUAGAAGAACCAAUAGUGGCACCAACUCAAAAAAGAUCUGGGAAAGCAAAACAGCAGAUAGAUGUGAAAGCUGAGUUGGAGAAGAGACAAGGUGGAAAGCAUUUGCUUAACCUUGUAAUAAUAGGACAUGUUGAUGCAGGGAAAAGUACUCUGAUGGGCCAUUUAUUAUAUCUCCUGGGAAAUGUGAACAAAAGAACUAUGCACAAAUAUGAGCAGGAAUCCAAGAAAGCUGGAAAAGCAUCAUUUGCUUAUGCAUGGGUCUUAGAUGAAACAGGGGAAGAGAGAGAGAGAGGAGUUACAAUGGAUGUAGGUAUGACCAAAUUUGAGACAAAAACAAAAGUUAUUACAUUAAUGGACGCUCCUGGCCAUAAAGACUUCAUUCCAAAUAUGAUCACAGGAGCUGCACAGGCUGAUGUGGCAAUAUUAGUGGUAGAUGCCAGCAGAGGGGAGUUUGAAGCAGGAUUUGAGACUGGUGGACAAACACGAGAACAUGGCCUGUUGGUUCGAUCUCUUGGAGUAACACAAUUGGCAGUUGCGGUUAAUAAAAUGGACCAGGUCAAUUGGCAACAGGAAAGAUUUCAGGAAAUCGUCAAUAAACUUGGGCAGUUCCUUAAGCAAGCUGGCUUUAAGGAAUCAGAUGUAGCCUAUAUCCCUACAAGUGGCCUUGGGGGAGAAAAUCUUGUCACAAGAAGUCAGUCGAGUGAGCUGACCAAAUGGUAUGAAGGGAAAUGCUUGCUAGAACAAAUUGAUUCUUUCAAGUCGCCUCAAAGAUCAGUGGAUAAACCAUUCAGAUUAUGUGUAUCAGAUGUUUUUAAAGAUCAGGGCUCAGGAUUUUGUGUGACUGGUAAAAUUGAUGCAGGCUACAUCCAAGUUGGAGAUCGACUUCUGGCAAUGCCUCCUAAUGAAACUUGCACUGUGAAAGGAAUUGCUCUACAUGAUGAACCAGUGGAUUGGGCUGCAGCAGGAGAUCACGUUAGUCUCACUUUGACUGGCAUGGAUAUCAUCAAAAUCAAUGUUGGCUGUAUAUUUUGUUGUCCUAAGGAACCUAUUAAAGCUUGCACACGAUUCAGAGCCCGAGUCCUCAUCUUUAAUAUUGAAAUCCCUAUCACCAAAGGAUUCCCUGUACUUCUUCAUUUUCAAACUGUAAGUGAGCCUGCUACUAUCCGAAAGUUAUUGAGUGUUCUACACAAGAGUACAGGUGAAGUCACAAAAAAGAAGCCUAAGUGUCUAACUAAAGGACAGAAUGCUUUAAUAGAACUGCAAACGCAAAGACCUGUUGCUCUGGAACUUUAUAAAGACUUUAAGGAACUUGGAAGGUUCAUGUUGCGUUAUGGUGGAUCCACUAUAGCAGCAGGAGUUGUUGCCGAGAUUAAAGAAUGAUAACUGUGCCAGGACUUCUACAAUCCAGCCAAAUGGGAAUUUUUUUUUUUUUUGUUCAAAUGCUUAUUUGAUGAAUACAUAUCAGCUGAAGGAACAGACAGUUACAUUUUUAAGAAGAAAAAAACACAAGAUGGGGUGUUCUGAAAACACUUUGAAGCCCUUGUUGCUGCGGAACUGUAUGCCAAUGCAGAAAUACUCAUUGCACUUUCUCAUUGCACAAGAUCCACUAUACCCCCUUCUAAAACUUCACCCCAUCAGUAGCUCUAGCAGACUUCUUCCGAAAAGUUAAUAAGAAUGAUGUAUUAAAACAUGAUGAAUCAUCAUGGGGAAAAAGUGUGUUACUUCCAGCCUUAAACCUUGUUUACAAUUUUUCUGAGAGUUGCUUCUUUGCUAUACAUUAUUAAUUACAUAAAAUACUUCAAUUGGGUUAAAAUUGUUCUCAGUUUUAUACAAAUACAUUUUGAAAGAUCCCUGUUUCCUUCUCGUUCAGAAAACAUUAUGCAAAGCUGCAUCUGGAAACUUAAUUUCUUCCCUUCCCAAUUUUAUUUAAAAACUUGUUUGUGUAGACAGAAUUUGUCAAAUAACAGCUAAUUUUAUUUUUUAAAUUGUAGAAGUAUAAUAAAAUAGUGAUCUGAGCAUAACA